GCGCCGGUGAAGACCCAAAUAAACCUCUGUAUGUGGCUCCAUGUCACCAUGAAUAGCUUUAAUUCGGAUUAAUGUGGUGUUCUGAUGGUGACAAUGAUUUCUGUGAACUAUAUUCUGCUGGGCGGACAGUUUCUUUUGCUGCUAACUGUGAUACUUUUACAAUGUUUGGGGGGAAUUUACUCCCAAAACUCGUCGACAGCUGAGACUCCUGUUUCCUCAACCGGACAGGCAGCUACCAUCCUACCGUUCAGCGACCAGCCGCCCGACACCGGAAAAUAUGACAUACCGAUGGAAAAUCCGAAUAUAACGGACAUAUAUGAGUACAGACCUCCUUCGCCGGUCGUCCUCUGCAGCUAUCUACCGGAGGAGUUCAUCUACUGUCAAGACCCUGUAGAUCAUGCAGGCAACUACACCGCCUUACUGGAGAUGGGCCAUGGUUGUGUUGGGUGGGGUGGCCAAACUCAGAAAGAAGUGAAUCACACACAGGUUAUCUGCACUGCACUGGAUGACAUCGAGUGUGCUGGACAUCGAGAAUUCCUCAGAGGAAGUGUCCCCUGCAUCAAGUACACUGGACAUUACUUCAUCACCACUCUGCUGUACUCCUUCUUCCUGGGCUGUUUCGGCGUGGACCGCUUCUGCCUGGGCCAUACCGGCACCGCCGUCGGGAAGCUGCUCACUGGAGGCCUGGGAAUCUGGUGGUUCGUGGACUUGAUCCUGCUCAUCACGGGGGGCCUGAUGCGCGAUUACAGCAACUGGUGCACCUACUACUGAGACUAGACUGCCAAGUCUGACUGAGGACUCGGCCACUUGUCAGUCAGAUCUUAUCAGCUGAAAAGCGAGAGCUCCAGAGGAGUGGCCUCAGCCUGUCACGGUUAUGAAUCUGUGGGAUUUAUAGCGCUGCUUUCCAAAGUGGAGUCAGGGGAGCUCCUGGAGGCCCCCGUGGGGGAGAAAACGAGGAAUAAUUUAGUUUCAUUCUAAUGCGAUUCACCUGGAAUUAGAAAGUUUGAGAAUGCAUAAAAAUGUCAGUGAGGACCUCUUCUACUGUUUCACACUAAACCGUUAACUGACAUUUAAACACAGUCAUAAGGUGGUUUGUUUUCCAUGAUGUGCUCGUGCGUUAUCAGCUUUUCAUGUGGAGAAAAUAAAUUCAAGUCACUGCAGGCCACGCAGCUUAAUAGGAAUAUGUUUACUUAAUGUUUGUCAGUCUGCAGAAGUCAACUCCAGGUGUGUUUGUGCCAUAAUCCUCAGAAUUUAGUCGAUUUUCUGUUAAUAACACUGACAAAAUUAUACAAAUCAAUUCAUUUCUUCUGCCCUGUGAGGUCCAGCUGUUGACUGUAAACACUCAGAUUCAGUCUUUUCUUUUCUUUUCAGCUGUAUGACUUAUUGCAGGGGUGUCAAACAUGUGGCCCGGGGCCAAAGCUGGCCCUCCAAAAGGUCCACUCUGGCCCAUGGUUUGAUUUUUUUUUAAAUGCAAAAAUGACGCUGAGGAUAUUAACAGUCAAGGAUGUCAAAAUCAUUUUAGCUCAGGUUCUACAUACGGACCAAU